GUCCGACGUCGUUUUGCAUUGCAUGAUAUUUGUUUUCUGAUCUGUUGCGUCUGUUGAUGCUUUGUAGAGUUUUUAUCGGGCUGAUAUAUGCAAAGAAGGUUUGCUGUAUGGCGAAGGACACCAGCAUCAAAUGAAGGUGACCGUGUCUUUUGGGCCAACAACCAUCAUUGCAUACUCGACCAGGCCUACAUUCAUAUCAAUAACAUCAUCACCCCGAGCUAGAUACGCCACUAUGUCUAGAAAUUCCAAUUCCCAAGGAGGCGGAAAGCGUUUGCAGACAAAGGAGAAACGACCUCCUUUGACACACUUUCUCUGCUUCCCUCUCGUCACCGAGCAUUCUUUGCCUCUAUUGGAGAGAUCAUUCGCCGAUUUCAAAAAUAAUAUUCCACUUAGACGAAAGACCUUGGCCAGUCAUUCCAUGAAACCACGCCCACCGCUCUUCCCGGACUCUGCAAUCAGACCACUGGGAACCCUGCAUUUGACGUUGGGCGUGAUGAGCCUUCCAACGCCAGAACGUGUGAACGAGGCUGUGAGCUUUUUGCAUUCGAUUAGCCUCGAGGAGGUCCUUAGGGAGACAGAAUCGGAGAUCAUUAAUUCUCCUGCUCGAGGGGAGCAACAGAAGUCCUCUGGCGAAGUCAUCCAGAGUACUGGUGAUCUGGCACCGAUUUCCGUUUCUUUAGAAUCUCUACAUGCUUUACCAAGAGCAAAAGCAGCAACCGUGCUUUACGCAAAACCCGUAGACCCGACAUCUCGUCUAUACCCCUUUGGAGUUAAGCUACGUCAGCGGUUUAUUGAUGCGGGUUUCAUUCAACCUGAUUACCUGAGAAGGAAGAACUCCAGGUCCUCUAACAAGAAAGAAUCGGGGAUUAACCAACCUAUCCAACAACCAGGGGUGGAAAAUGAAUAUACGCCGAACGAAACACCUAAACUGAGACCACUACUUUUACAUGCCACGGUGGUUAAUACGAUAUAUGCUCGAGGCGGGGAUUCCCAUCCUAAUGGAGGGCGAGAUAGACGUAGAGCGGGCCCCUUAACGUUCGAUGCCAGGGCAAUUAUUACCCACCACAACGAUUAUUACACCGAUGAAACCUGUGCGGAAGAAAAGAAGCACGAUUUUGACGACGAUGAUGACGCGCCCGACAUGCUUGAGGAAGCUAGUAGUAGCAGUGAAAACAACGAGACCGGCUCUCUGUCCGCCGAAGAAGGAAGAGCUCAUCCGUCUAAAAUGGUCCAGGAGAUAAACUCUCUGCAAGUCGAUAACGACAUGUCUGGUCCAAAGUACCCCUUCGUCUGGGCGCGGAAUUUCCAUAUUGAAAAGCUUUGUAUUUGUGAGAUGGGUGCCAAGAUGUUGGAUGAGGAUGGUGAUCCAUUAGCUGCAAGGCUGGGCCAGAAGUACAGUAUCGUCGCUGAGAAGAGUCUGUUGAUAUCGAAAUAGGGAAGAAGUGAUGGUGUCUGAUGGGAUUGAAUAUAUGCCAAUAAUAAGUUUACUCCUAACGGCCUUGAUAGUAGAGUGCAUGAAGCUAUUAUGGUCUAUUGAUUUUGUUCUCCGUCUUCUUAGAGUCCUUUAUAAGACGAAAAACUCAAAUGCAGAUGUGCAUGUUAAUAAGUGUUGCGGGUUGUAUUUACUAGAAUAUGGUGUGACACAAUGCUUUGCUGUUUACGCAUAAACUCUUCAUGCAAUCAUGCCUCUAAGACCUAUCAAAUACCUUAUGCAUGCUGUGCCGAAUCAUAUGUAUAGGGAUAGUCAUAUUGAUCUGACCAUGUGGAUCCCUGAUCCUCACAAGCCUCAAUCGCAC